AUGCGGAAGCAGAUCAACGAAUCCUGCGGCACUUACGCUGACAGUGAACAACUUGCGGAAUGCCGGUACGGCAGAGGUCUUGCACCAACAUGUCCACGGGCGACCUCGACAUCUCAAUGGCGGUGCGAAAUAUCGAUUUUGGCGCAGCAUGUCCUUGAGGAACCCACGAUGACAGCGACAAGAUCAACAGGCUAG